AUGGGUCCGUUCUUCUCGAGGGGCUCAAGAUAUGCUCCCCUUCCAGCCGACGAUAAUGCCCACACGCAAAGACAGGCCAGUGGGUUGCGGCGCCGGGUAACUACUACUCUCAAGCUUGUCGCCGUGGCCGUGCUGCACAUUGUCGCGCUUAGCUACCUGGCAAUAACUAUUCUACGACCUGAGCUGCCGCACUGCGACACCCCUGAAAGGGGCUUCCAGUGCAGCGUUCCCAUCUCCCACUUUUGGGGCCAGUAUUCGCCGUACUUCUCGGUGCAAUCCAAAAUCAACGCGGCUGUCCCGGCGGACUGCGAACUGACCUUCGUGCAAAUCCUGUCCCGCCAUGGGGCGAGAGCCCCCACCCCCGGGAGGGCACUCCUGUAUGCCAGCCUCAUUGACAGGAUCCACAACGUCGUGACCGACUAUGGGCCGGGCUAUGGCUUUCUUAAAACCUACAACUACACGCUGGGCGCGGACGACCUCACCCCCAUGGGCGAGCAACAGAUGGUCAACUCGGGCCUCAAGUUCUAUCACCGUUACCGUUCAUUAGCCAGAACAUCCGCCCCGUUUAUUCGCUCCUCCGGCCAGGAACGGGUGGUACGCUCAGCUCAGAAUUGGACGACGGGUUUCCAAGAUGCCCUCUUGAAGGAUGGAAUUUCGUGGGACUCGCCUCUAGAUGAGCUGCUCAUCAUUCCCGAAGACACGGACACGAACAAUACGCUUCAUCACGGCCUUUGUCCGGCAUUUGAAAAGGGCAUCUACUCCUCCGUCGGCACCGACGCGCAGUCCGUCUUCCUGGCUGUAUUCGCUCCACCCGUCACCUCCCGACUGAACUCCAACCUCCCAGGAGCAAACCUCACCGACUCGGAUACGGUCGCCCUGAUGGACCUCUGCCCCUUCAACACGGUCGCGUCACCCUUUGGGGCCAUCCUCUCCCCAUUUUGCGACCUCUUCACGCCCUCGGAGUGGUCAAGUUACGACUAUUACCAGUCCCUCGGGAAGUGGUAUGGCUUCGGCCCGGGUAACCCGCUGGGGCCGACGCAGGGGGUGGGCUUCGUCAAUGAGCUUCUGGCACGUCUCACGCGCACACCGGUGCGCGACGCGACGAGCACCAAUGCCACGCUUGACGGCGAUGAAAGGACCUUCCCGCUCAACCGCACCCUCUACGCCGACUUUAGCCACGACAAUGACAUGAUGAGCGUGCUGGCCGCCCUGGGCGUCUACGAGGGCGUGAAGAACCUGGAUAAGAGCGCGCAACGGACGGCCAAGGAAAGCGGUGGGUACGCGGCCAGCUGGGCGGUUCCCUUUGCGGCGAGGGUCUAUGUGGAGAAGAUGCGCUGUGGCGGAGGAGAGGAGCUGGUGAGGGUGCUCGUGAAUGAUCGCGUGAUUAAGCUCAGGGGAUGCCAGGCGGAUGAGCUGGGGAGGUGUACCCUCGAAAGAUUCGUAGAUAGUAUGGCGUUUGCGAGGAGCGGCGGGCACUGGAGUUCGUGCUUUGCUUGA